UCCCUCAUUUCCGGUUCUUUCCCCGCCCCCUUUUUUUCCUUCCGACAGAAAAAUCGGCGGUGCGUCGGUUAGAAUCUUCAGUUCCCGCCGGGGUUGGCCUCCCCUGAGGCCGGGAAGUUCUCUGGCCACGCGGUCCGAGGGCGGCCCCCCUCACUUGCACCAUGGCCCGAAAUGCAGAAAAGGCCAUGACGGCCUUAGCAAGAUUUCGCCAAGCUCAACUGGAAGAGGGAAAAGUGAAGGAACGAAGACCCUUCCUUGCCUCAGAAUGUACUGAGUUGCCCAAAGCUGAGAAGUGGAGACGACAGGUAAAUUCUGAAUAUGAUCUUAGUAGAACUGGUUUAGGUGAAUUCCGAAUUCGUGACCUGAAUGAUGAAAUUAACAAAUUGCUAAGAGAGAAAGGACACUGGGAGGUCCGGAUAAAGGAGCUGGGUGGUCCUGAUUAUGUAAAAGUUGGCCCUAAAAUGCUGGAUCAUGAGGGCAAAGAAGUCCCGGGAAAUCGAGGUUACAAAUACUUUGGAGCAGCAAAAGAUUUGCCUGGUGUUAGAGAGCUAUUUGAAAAAGAACCUCUUCCUCCUCCAAGAAAGACACGUGCUGAGCUCAUGAAGGCAAUUGAUUUUGAAUACUACGGUUACCUAGAUGAAGAUGAUGGUGUUAUUGUGCCUUUGGAACAGGAAUAUGAAAAGAAAUUCAGAGCCCAGUUAGUGGAAAAGUGGAAAGCAGAGAGAGAGGCUCGCCUGGCAAGAGGAGAAAAGGAAGAGGAGGAGGAAGAGGAGGAAGAAAUCAACAUCUAUGCUGUCACGGAGGAGGAGUCUGAUGAGGAAGGCAGCCAGGAGAAAGGAGGCGAAGAUGAGCAGCAGAAGUUCAUCGCCCAUGUCCCUGUGCCGUCGCAGCAAGAGAUCGAGGAGGCACUUGUGCGAAGGAAGAAGAUGGAACUCCUCCAGAAGUAUGCAAGUGAGACCCUGCAGGCCCAGAGCGAAGAGGCCAAAAGACUCAUGGGAUAUUAGGGCUGAGUGAGGGUGCUCCCUGGGUCUGGAAACCUGUCGGGAGUUCUUCAGCCCCAGCUGGCCCUUGCAUUAACCUACAGGGUUCUGCUGUCCUGGGACUACAGACUGGCAGGCCAGUGCGGCAAGGCUCCCUGCUACUUCUUACCAUUCGUUCUUUUACCUUUUCUUACCUCAGCUAUGGUCUCGGGGGAGGAGUCUGUCCCAUCCCUCCCUUAAAGGCUGCCUACAUGCUAUCAGUUUAGCUGUCACCUUUGUACAAAUGUUUUGCUACUGUAUGAACCCACUUAUUUUUAUAUUGAAUGUGUAAAACAGGCUGCUAACUGGCUGCCUGUAAGUGUUUUAUUUAACCUUUAACUGCCAUUUGGUGGGGAGGGUGAUCAGUUAGUGACCACCAUUAAAAAAAUGAAGUUUUUCCCAACAAGACAUUAUUUGUAACUCCUCUUGAAAAAUGAAAUGUGUCAACCCUGAGCCCACAUCCCAUGUGUCAGUAGCCAGCCAGAGCUGUACCUUUUGGGCCUGGCAUAGUUUUCUGUGGCCUGCUCAGCUUGCCUCAUUCCCUCCUGCCCAGGUGGCAGGAAAUUGAAUUUGCUAUUUCUGUUUUAUGACUGGUUCUGUAGAGAGCUAUUUUUUAAAGUUAAAAUUUAUUUUUUUAAAUUAAAUUUAUUGGGGUGACAUUGGUUAAUAGAAUCAUAUAGGUUUCAGGUAUAGAUGUUUAUGAUACAAGAUCUAUAUGUUGCAUUGUGUACCCACAAACCAAAGUCAAUCUUCCAUCACCAUAUAAGGCCACUUGAGAGCUAUUUUUAUUAAAGAUUUUUAUAUGAAGGGGAAACCUCCAUGCCUGCAGCUUAUUGUUCCCUGGUCUCCCUGUAUCAAGGUGAUGGUUGCAUUAAGCUGAGGUCAGUGGGCAGAGCCAACCUUCCUGUGCCCCCUAAGUGGCCUGGGUGAAAGUACACUGGGAUUGCCCAGGAAGCACCAGUUGGAUCCAAACCUGCCACCUGAGCUGGGUCUUUUCUUUCCAGUGGGAGAACUGACAGCAGAAGUGCAGCCUCUAGGGCAGUGUCGGGGGGCCUCCCCAUAUGCAGAGGGGUCCUGGGAGUGUCUGGGAGUCAGUGUCAGGGCCAGGAGAUGUUUGGUUCUUCAGGUGAGUCUUGGCUUUUUUGAAGGAAGUGCUGGUGUACCCCAACCCCCACCCAAGCCGCUGGGCAAAUGUGUGCAGGGUCCAGGGAGGGGUUGAGGUUGGAGCUCUGGGAGUGGAGGCCUUGGGGCAGAGCAGAGUCAGAUUCAGCUCUGGGACCCAGUACCCAGCCCGGGCCUGGCCCGAACUAGGAGGUUCAGGUGCACAUUUAGUGGGGGCUUUGAAUAAGCCCCUCCAGGUCCCUGGCCUCAGUUUCCCUGCCUUAAAGUCCAGGACUGGACUUGUGAGUUUGACCCGGGGUCUGGGUAGUCCCUGCUGAGGGCAGAGAAAAGGAAGGACCCUUGGCACAGCCUGGCCCACAUCAGAGCCUCUGGGAUGGGUGUGCAGUGCCCGGCUCAGAUGUGGGUUUUUCUUUGAAGGGGCACACAUUGGGCUUGGGGCUGCCUUGCAUUCACUGAGAGCAGGAAAUUCAGACAACCGUGUUUCUUCUCCCUGGAAAAGGUGGUUGGCAAGUGCCUGGAGUGCGGCCCAUCUGGAGUUUCCAGGGCUCUGGGCCUUCCUUAUUCAGU